AAAAAACUAACAUACUGACAAACUCCCCUGCCUGCAAUUGCCUCCCCCCCGGCAUGACCAGCCGGGCAACCGGCAUGACCAGCUAGGCAGCCGGCAUGCCUGCUCUCCGCCAUCUGUCUCCCCUGGCAGCGAAUCGUCCACUACUCCGUGUCUAGUGGCUCCAGCCGGAUGCCUCCAACGCCACCACAUUCUCACAGGGGCCACAGCCAUCCACAUUUCCGUACAGGUAAUAGUUGGUCUCCGAGGCAUCGUGCUUCCGACCGACCAUCUUCGCAACGACCGACCCCCCUGCCACAGAGCUGCCAGCCCAGGGCUCCCGGCUCCAUCUUCCAGCCCCAUCACUUCUAUCAGCGACUGGACAGUUGCCCGCCCCCAGCACGCCCUCAAGGAGAUGCACAUCCCUUUCCACUGGACUGACAACAAAGCCCAGCUGUUCCUGCUGCUGACUACCUCCACUUACGCUCCUGGUGUCACACACUCGCGGCGCAUCGAUUGUAUCAUCACGCAGUCCAUCGCAGCAGACUGCACAAUCGUCCCUCACACAUGCAUCCCCCAUCCCAACAUCCCUAUUUCUUCUCUUCCUUCUUCCUUCAACCUCACGAACCUCGCUCCAGCAGCCACAUCCAGCUACCCAGCCCAGGGACCCACUGCAUACCACGCCUCUGCAAACGCCGCCACUGCUGGUCGAGGCCGCCCCCUACCAUCAGCCCAGCUGCUCCGCCUGCCAUCACCCCACCGACCUCCAGCAACUCCACCUUGGUUAUCCAGUGUGCCUCCGACCCGUCUUCCUUCAUCCUCACACCCCUCGGCCAUUUCAACCUCCCUCAGGCAGCAGAUCAUAUCAGGAUAUUCAUCUUCAUUCAUCGACUCAACCCUUGAGUCGAUGUUCCUCCUGGCAUUCUUCAGCUUCCUAAGAUGCUCAGAAUUCACCUCCGCCACUUCUAAAACUUUACCCAAUCAACUCAACUACCUCCUCUGCCUGAUCCCAACACCUGCGAAGCCAACAUAGGACCACCGGCAGCCCAGCCUUCGACAUCACCAUUCCACGGCAAGAAGAUACCAGAGCAGGGACCCAGGCCAUCCAGCACACAUACCACGGGGAGGAAGAUGAAGCCACACCCACUCUGAGUCUUGACCGCCUCCCUCCUGGUUCCUAGAUGGCUUGGCAACCCGCACCCCCUCUUAAAGCCCCCUCUUCUUGACCCCUUUUCCUCAUCCAACCACCCCGACCCCCCCUUUUCUAUCCUUUCCAAAUCUUCCCAACAUUUAAAUAAACU